UUCAUUUCAUUUGAAGAAUCAAAUUGAGGAGGAAUCCCUCGAAACUCUCUUCCUUUCUACUUCACCUGUGCUUACAAAACCCAAACCUUCUAUUCUCCCUGCCUUCCGAACCUCAUUUUUCUUUUCUAGUGAUUCAAUGGAAGCAGAAGAAGUGGGCAUGGACGCUGAGGAUAAACUUGCUGGCUUUAUUUUCAUGUGCAAUCAAAUGACGAAACCAGAAUGCUAUAGAUAUCGGGUUUUCGCGCUUCCUGCAGGGAGAAAGCAUGUUGUGGAGAAGAUCAAUCCUGGCAUGCACCUUUUUCUGUUUGACACUGAUGUGAAGCUUCUAUAUGGUAUAUAUUUAGCAACCUCCACCGGUAUGCUAAAUAUACAACCGUAUGCUUUUGGGGGAAGGUUCCCUGCUCAGGUGAGUUUCAAAAUUUACCAAGACUGUUGGCCGAUGCCAGAGAAUCAAUUUAAACAUGCUAUAAAAGAGAAUUAUCAGAAUCACUCUCACAAGUUUAAUCCUGAACUCAAUACUAGACAGGUAAGAAGUCUGUUAGAAAUGUAUCGCGCAUUGGAUAUACCGAAAACUGUACCCAGACAUCCUGGUUUGAAUGAAAUACACUCUGCCUCAAUGUUACAACUUCCACCAAGGAAUGGUCUGUUUCAUCAGACAUCAAGGGCAUCUCUUUCCGGAGAUUCAUAUUUGUCUAGGAUGUUACCUACUCACGCUCCUAAGCUGAUGAGCCAUAGACAUCUAAAUGGACUUGAGGAGCCUACUGGCUGGUCCGGUACGGUUGCCACUCAGUCUGUUCCAUCCCAAGUUUCAAGGAAUCAGAUUCUUGCACUAGCUCAUGCUAAUACUCCAGAGGGAGCUUAUGAAACUAGGACGGUCAGCAGUUAUACUCCAUCACUGCCAUAUCCUCAAUACGCACACAAGAAUUUCCUUAACCCGCAACCUGAGUUUCAUUCAUUCCUCAGAAACGACAGUGGCCAUGUUCAGUCGAUGCAAAAUUCUCAGCGUGCACAGCUUAAUGUUUUACAUUCACAAUAUUCCCAACAUCAUGCUCAAUCCCUGCAACAUUCCCAACAUCAACAUCUUAAUGUCGUCCAUACACAGCCUCAGUUUCAUUCUUCCACAGUGACCGUGGGUAGUAGAAAUAGUCAUGAUCAAUCUCUGCAAUAUUCUCAACAAGCACAUCUUAAUCAUAAUGUCUUACUUCCGCCACCUGAAUUUCACUCUUCUAUGAUGACGAGCAGCAGUCAUACUCAAUCACUGCAAGAUCCUCCUCCACCACCACCACCACCACCACCACCACCUGGUGUUGAGCCCCCAGUGGCGAAUGUGAGCCACAGUCAUGCCCAAAUGCCGUGGGAUCCUCACAGUACUCAUCAGAAUAUCCAAAACCCGCAACCUGACUAUUAUUCCUCUGCAACAAAUGUGAGCAGCAGUUAUGGUCAAUCAUUUCUUGGUCCUCAACACACAUAUCAAAAUCUACAACCUGAUUACGGUUCCUCGGUGAAUAUGAACCAUACCAAUGCCGUGAUGCAAUCACAUGCUACGGCAUCUCCAUAUGUUCCUCAACAUGUUAUAUCCACCACAUAUUCUGUUCAAGGGUCUGGACCCCAGUGGUCAACAAAUUGGAAUGGAAAGUGAGUAGGAUCAGCCAUCUAUGCAGACAGAAUAAGACUCUAAUUCAACAUCAAAGAAUGUUGUCAGCCACACACGUAUUCAGAAAUUCACAUUCUCUGUACUGAACCACAUGUCCAAAUGUUGAGUCUUGGUAAUUCAGUUUGAUAUGUACAUAAACGUGCGGCACAUGAACCUAUUAGUUGAUUCCUGAUGUGGGGUCGAUGAUUUUUGUUUUCUUGCUUGAGAAAUUUGUCGCCAGUUAGAAGGGAUGGUGGCCUUCAAUGUUUGAUUAGAUACACUAGGAAAUCUAUAUUGGAACAAAUUUGCUGUAAAAGUAUAAUUGCUGCAAUUGACUGGUAUCGGUCCCCUUGGACCCCAUAUAUAAGAGAAUUGCUCCUCCCACCCUAAGUGGUAGAGAACCACCCUAUGAAAAUUUAAAAUUGCCUUUCAAAUUUGGGAGUGCAUUUUUGGACGCACUUUAUACAUCACAUCCCUUUGUGAGCUAGUCACUCAUUUUAAAAAAAAUAAAAUAGUUUGGAGAUAUUAUAUACUUCCAGAAUAAAUCUAGAAGUAUAUUU